ACUGCCGCUGACGGGAGGGAUGCUGUUGUGCAGGGAGGAUAUAUGACCUGAGUCGGUGCAGUGGAGCUUUAGAGCGCGCGCAGACUGCGGACAGCUAGGGCUCACACCUAUACACACAGACACACACUCAACAGGCUGCAGAGUUUGUGAAUGACUGUUUGCAUCAGAGUGGUUCUCUUCAUGUGAGUGGGGACAUCUACAGUGAUAACUUAAAAUUUCUCAGGUUAAAAAUGCAGUUUCUCUGAAAGUGGAGCAACUUUAAACUUUGUGGAUAAAACGAAGAUACUUUUUUCCCAUGAACCAAGGACGUCAGCAGAAUCUCCAUCAUGGUUGUGACACUGGAGGAUAUAAACGCAGCGACUCCUCGGGCUCUGCUGCUGGCUUGUGUGACCCUCCUUUUCUCCCUCCACCUGUGGCGGUGGCUCCGGCAGCGCUCGAGCCGACCCCCACCUGGUCCCUUUGCAUGGCCGGUCAUCGGGAACGCUGCGCAACUUGGCACUGCACCACACUACUAUUUUACGCGCAUGACGCAGAAAUACGGGAACGUCUUCCAGAUUAAACUUGGCUGCAGGGCCGUGGUGGUCCUGAACGGGGACUCUAUCAGGCAGGCGCUGGUCAAGCAGGCGGCCGACUUCUCUGGAAGACCUGACUUCACCUCCUUCCAGUACGUCUCCAACGGGGACAGCCUUGCGUUUGGCACAAGCACGGACUGGUGGAAGUUGCACCGCAAAGUUGCGCAGUCCACUGUCCGCAUGUUCUCCACCGGAAACCCGCACACUAAGAAGACUUUCGAGCGCCAUGUCAUCGGAGAGGUCAGAGAGCUGCUGCAGCUGUUUGUGGAGAAGACGCACGAGCAGCGGUUCUUCCAGCCCCUGGCAUACCUUGUGGUGUCCACAGCCAACAUCAUGAGCGCGGUGUGCUUCGGGAAGAGGUACACGUAUGAGGACGAGGAGUUUCGGCAGGUGGUGGGCAGAAACGACCAGUUCACAAAGACAGUGGGUGCAGGGAGUAUAGUUGACGUGAUGCCCUGGCUGCAGUACUUCCCAAACCCCAUCAAAACCAUUUUUGACAACUUCAAGAGGCUCAACUUGGAGUUUGGCAUGUUCAUCCGUGAUAAAGUGGUGGAACACAGAAAGACCAUCGAGUCCAGCAGCAUCAGGGACAUGACGGACGCUUUUAUUGUGGCGCUGGACCAACUGAGAGACAAAAAUGGACUCUCAUCAGGAAAGGACUACGUGUCCCCCACUAUGGGGGACAUAUUUGGAGCAAGUCAAGACACACUGUCAACGGCACUGCAGUGGAUCAUCCUCAUACUGGUCAAGUAUCCUGAGGUGCAGGUGCGUCUCCAGAAGGAGGUGGACAAGGUGGUGGACCGCAGCCGGUUGCCCUUGGUGGAGGACCAGAUGCAGCUGCCUUACAUCAUGGCCUUCAUCUACGAGGUCAUGCGCUUCACCAGCUUCGUGCCACUCACCAUCCCCCACUCUACCACCACCGACACCUCCAUCAUGGGCUACAGCAUACCAAAAAACACGGUUGUCUUUGUCAAUCAAUGGUCCGUCAACCACGACCCAGCAAUUUGGUCCCAACCAGAAACCUUUGACCCAGAGCGGUUCCUGGACCCAGGUGGAGUGCUGAACAAGGAUAAGACCAGCAGCGUGCUCAUUUUCUCGCUGGGGAAGAGGCGCUGCAUCGGCGAGGAUCUGUCCAAGACUCAGCUGUUCCUCUUCACGGCGCUGUUUGCCCAUCAGUGCAACAUCACCACAGAUCCAACCAGGUCGCUUAAAUUGGACUAUGAGUAUGGUCUGACUCUCAAACCUCUUCCUUUCUACAUUGCAGUGAGUCUGCGGGAUGAUAUGAAGCUGCUAGACGCGGCAGCCAGACAGGCCAAGGAGGUCAUAUAAACAGAUCAAACUUCUCAAAUGAAAACUCUAACAAACAAAGUAAAUGAAGGCUGAACACACAGAAAGACUUAAAGCUCUUGUUUGUGGGCUGAAAACUGUAUUUAUAAGAUGAAAUCUCAGGCUCCAUCCUCAACACUGAUUAAUGACUCCUUUUUAAGUAUUAUGGCAUCAGCAGGGAACAGAUGUGAAGAGGAAACCUUUAAGUCUUUAUUCUGCAUCAAACAGAAAAGAUGUCAAAAGGAAAUAUUACACACUGCAGAAAUGUAAACGCUAAAUCAUCAGCUCUGGGUUGAAGUUCCUGUUUUUAACUGGAUAUUAGAUAUCCAGUUAAGACCAACAUCUCUAAGACUGAUUAUGUCUCAAGUUUUUAUGAAUGUGUGAAACGCCUUCCACUUGGUGGGUGACAGAUGAUGUGACCAAAAGCAAAACGCUGGUUUUAUUCUGCUACAGGACAGAAUUAGCAGACAUAGGAUGUAAAACUUUGUUCACAAUGGGCACUAAACUAAUUGAAAGCUCCAGCUUUUAAAAAAGCCAUGACAUGUAUUAAGGCAAACCAAAAAGUAUGCUUACGACUGAAAAACUUCAUAUCUGCUGAAGUUAGUUGCUCUUAAUUGGAGUGACUCCUUGGCAUCAUCAAUGGCGGUAGAAGCAGCAAAAUGGAUUCAAAAGCAAAACUUUUGGUUUGCAAAGAAAAUUUCUGAAAUUGCAAACAUAAAGUGAAUUCACAACAACAAUUUUGAAAAAAAAAAAAAGAAUUAGGACUCUGAAACUUUUGUAUUUGAAAAUAAAGAUUUGAAGUUUGCCAACAAAGCUUUUCAAAGUGCAAAAAAAAAGGGUUCAAUGGAAUUAAAUAUGAUAUCUCAUUAAUUGAUCCUACCUUGAAGAAAAAAAAAAUAGGACUCCAGUGCUUAUACUUAAUAAUACUUACAUUGAUUACAGUCAAGUUUUCUCUCUUUUCUGUUUGAUUGCAUAACAAAGAGACAAAAGUAGCCCGAUAAUGUGAUGCCUGUUUAACGCAAACAGCAGUCAUCCUGGGCCCACUCUGACCCUCAGCAUCUUUUAGACUGAUCUAAAUGCAACACUGAAAGUGGUUGCACAUCCCUGGAGAUCAGCCUUGGACACUGUGAUGACAGCCGCUCCAACCAUCACUGGUAACUCAAGUUUCAAAGCUAUGCCUGCCAGAUUUGAUUGAAAGUAAAGCAUUACAACAUGUUUUGCAGAGUGUUGUCAUGCUGUUGAUUCAAAUGUUGGGAAAAUAAUCUACUAUCAAACCUAUGUAACACCUUACAUGUUUUAUUUGCAGGUGAAAAACUGGAGUCAAAAUAUCCGGCCAAUAAGCUAACAGAGUGCAUCCGCCCCUGGUGGUCAGUACUAAUGUGGAGUUUGUUAUCUUUAGUGUAAAAGCAUCGUUCCUCAGGACUUAAAGUAAUGCCAAAUACUACUUCAAUUAAGAAUGCUUUCAUAAAUCCCUCUCAAAAAUCUGAAAAGCUAGUGUAGACGCUGUCUGUCUGUGACCUGCUGUCAGAUGUUACAUCAGUGUUACUUACUUCUUUAUUUCUCUGUUAGAAAGCUGCUGCCUCCUAUUUCCACGCCAGUAAACCCAGUGAUUUCUUCCUCAUAUUCUGCUAUUUACUGAAACAAUCAUACUGUUAUUGUUGUGUGGAGGUGUCUGAUGGCUGUCUCAGCAUGAGAGACUGAUGCACUGACUGUGAAGGUUUGGAUCUGAUUUGUUUGUUGGCUUCCUGCUAAAAAAGCACACUGAGAAAACAAGAUUCAGGUUAAUCUUUGAAACAAGAGGUGAAUUUAGCACAAAUUGAUUCUGCCAACUAGGACACAUUCCUAGAUCUUCAGCCAACCCUGCAAUCAAAACAACGCUCCUGUGCUGCUCUCAAAAUGCCUCUGUGUUUGGAUAGAUUUUCCAAUGUGAGGUUAGUACAGUUGACCAAAUCCUCUGAGUAAUGAGACUUUAAAGGCACUGUGAGGAAGUUACAUAUUGUGUUGAUUAUAGUGACCCCUUUGGAUACAAUUAGUAGUGUUUUAGGGAGGAAGACUGCGUUCCCCAUGAACAUUAUCACCCAAGUGUGAAUUUGCUGUGAGAGCAUAUGAGUGAUAACAGAUUGAUUUAAAACUACUUUCUUGUUCAAGACAACUUUUUUGCAGGAUGCAGAGUGAUGAGGUAGUGUAUAUACUGAUUUGUAGAUAUGUUAAAUUAGUAACUGUAACAUAACAAUGACAAAACCUUGUAAACUCUGAUUUUUUUAUCAUUAGUUAGCUCUCAAAUGAUGACCAAACAUACCAGUUUAAUAUUACCAGUCACAGCCCCAGGAUCAUGAUGUGUGCUAAGGUGUGCUAAUAAAUGCCCAAAUCGUGUAAAUAUGCACAUAGUUGAAAUAUUUUGUCCUAAAACAAUACCUCAACAAAUAUACUUCUUCUUUCUAAUCCUGCUCGAUGAGUACAAAACAUUUUGUAAAAAGAAUGUUAUCUGAGGAUGAAAAUUUGUCCUGCUUUCUAACGAACGUCUCAUUGCUAAACUUUACCAGCAGAGCUCUAAGCAUUAACACUCCCAGGUGAGUGCCAGGCUUGAAAAUUCACCAAUUUGAAGUAGUCGCUGAUAAUCUCAUUUUACUUUGUAGGUCAUGAGGAGGCAUCAGAAUAAGUGGUACUAUUUCAAAUUCAGUUAAAGUUUAAGUCAUUAAUAUUUAAUAUUUGUAGUCCACCACUGACCAAAUGCCAAAGUCCUAUCAGCUAGCUUGCUAACUAUACAAUAGUUUCUUCAAGGAAAUGUUAGCUGCUAGGCAUCAGGCUAUUGCAGAGUGUCAACACGUGUUAAAAGAACGCAAGAUGAGAUUUGUUGCUACGUACACUUCUACAGGAGAAGACCAGAAGAGAUUAUAUUAUUACUUUGUCCACAGGGGGCGCCAAAAUCAACACACACCAGCAGCUCCUCACAGGAGCUUUAAUCUGAUGCUUUUUUAAAGAGUGGUUAAUCCAAACUUCCUCAUAGUAUUAUUAGUUAUUGCUCUUUUUAUAGUUUCAGACUUUCUUAUGAUAUCUCAGGAUGAUAUCUCAGGAUUUUACAUUUUUUAGUACUUCACAAAGCCCUUUCUUUUGUGCAGGGGAGCUGCCUUUGAACGUGUUGAAUGUUGAUCUAGAAACAUCCCACAUGACAAAGCCAAAUCAUGCUGAGACCUUGAACAAAUGUCAGCAGACAUGAGACCAUGCAUCUACAAAGAAAAUAUGAAAAUAUGACUGACAUCAUCUAUAUGAAACUGAUUGAUUGUAAAACAAACCAUACGCAUAAUGUUCAAGGGAAGAAAACACAUCAAAGGUUUAACAUUUCGUUACCUUCAAUUGUAUUUAAUGUCUAAUAAAGUCAACAUGACAGAGGUGAAGAAACUUCUCAUAUCCAAACCUUCACAGUGUCUUUACCUCAUUAUGCUUUUAAUGUGGAGCUGUACUAACAUUAGGAGUGAAAUUGCUACGACUUAAGCUUUGGACUACGCGAACUGUACCUGCAGCUGUGAUGUUGCUCCUCUGAGUAUUUCUGCUUGUCUAUAAGCUGUUUGAAUGAUGUACGGAAACAUAAUAAAGAGACACUUUUAUUGUUC